AUGGCGGAAGACCCGAUCGUGUUUUGCCCGGCGCUCGACUGCUUUGGCGUCGAGUGGGGCACCGAGGUGCAACACGCCUUCUCGCCGCACGGGCUGGCCUCGCCCAAAACUGACUUGCUGGAGCUCUCGAGUCCGCCAAAACGAGAGCCAACCGAGACGAGCGUCGAGAAGCUUUUGGAAAGCAGCGACGAAGACGAUGGCGACGGCGACGACGAGCGAGUGCAAGCCAGCGGCACCAGUGUCGAAACGCAGACGGGGCGGUGGACCAAGAAGGAGCACGAGCUCUUCCUUGAGGGCCUGAAGCGCUACGGCAAGUCGUGGAAGCACAUCUCGAACCUCGUCGUCACACGCACGCUCGUUCAAAUCCGGACGCACGCGCAAAAAUACCUCCAAAAGCAAAACAAGGCCCCGACGCCGGCAUUUCUGACGCACCGCCCCGCCUAUUUGCUGCAGACGGGGCCGCGCUUGUGCCCGUUCCCAGAGAACGACAUUGAUCUGCUUCUGGAAGAUGACGACGACGAUGAUGACGAGGACAAGACGAACGACGCGCGAAAGCGACCGGCCGACUUGCUGCCGAUUGCACCACAGUUUUUUGUACCGAGCGUGGCCAAGCGAAGACGGUUCGACGUGCCAAACGAGCUGGGUAGCAUGAUGCCGCCAAUGCUACUGCGGCCGUUUCCUGUCGGACACAACCUCCUCCAUCCCAUGUCGGCGCUGCCCGUCGCGCCCUUUGGCUGGCUCCAAGGGGCCUAGGCACUCACCCAUUUAACUUAGUUUU